UAUAAAGUAAGUUAAGUAGCUCUCUCAGGUUAUGUAACUUUAAAUUCAACUGUCAUGUAACAUUAUAAUUCACGAAAAUGUGUGAAAACCAGCUUCUAAACUAGUCAUAGCAAAUAGUAUACCUGUAUCUAUUUUCACUGUGUCAUGUAUACAAUUAAAUUAUGACCGGGAGGAUCAACUAAUAUACACGUUUAGUAGUCACAAACAAUGGAUGAAUUGAAGAUUCGGACCAGAGAACAGGUAAAGGCUGACUUGGAGGAUUCUAAGACCAGUACCCGAGGGAUUCUAGAGUCACUUGACCAGUUGCAAAGACACAAUGGACAUGUCUGCAGAAACUCUGGUGCACUUGCGGCAAUUGACCAUGAAUUACAGGUUCUAUCACAGCGGAUUUCUCUUGCGGAGGACUCAGUUCGAAAAAACAUCGAAAGGAACUCAAGAAGGGAGCGAAUGCGAAAAAGAUUUGACAAUUUUCAGACACAGAUGGAUGAUUUAAAACAAAUGAUGCGCGACGUUGAAGACAAACAUAUAAUGAAUGGCGGGCAUAUCGAUUCAACACACGAACGUGUUGCUUCGUCUACGGGGAACGAUCCUGUUUCACAAUCAACUAACGGAGAUGAGGUGCGCACCUUGUCAACGAGUGGCGAACAAACGAAUAAUUAUUUAAAGAACGGUGGCCUGGCUUUAUCAACUUAUCAACAAGACUCAUCAGAUUCUGCUCCAAGGCAUGUGGUUACGUGCACGGACAUCGUAUCUCCAGAUGAGAAUAUUGCAAAUGAAUUAAUUCAUCACACAUCGUCCAAACUAAAUGAAGUUUUACAAAUACAGAACCAGCAAAAAACAGAAAUAACUCAACAACAACAAGCAACAGUUCAAAUCAUGGAUACAAAGGCAUGGAUUUCGCUGGCCAAAACGAAGAUAAGAGAUGAACAAUUACGAACGGAGCCUCUAGAAGGAUAUCAUACUGUCCUUUUACUGGACAUAUCAAAAAGUAUGGCUUCUGGAAAUGCAUGGAGGCAGGCCAAACUAUUUGUCAAUGAAUUUCUUGAAGGCCUUCAAGAACACGAUCAGCUAUACCCACCACCUGGUCUGAGAGAACAUGUAGCUUUUGCCACGUUUGGUCACAAAACUGAGCUUAACAUAUUACUGACGACAGACUUCAGCUCAAUAAGAGAUAAAAUGGAGACCAUGACAUUGGGAGGUCCGAGUCCACUUUAUGGUGGGCUUGUGAUGGCUAUAGCGGGAUCUAAAUUAAGCAAUAAUGGAGCGGAAUGCACAAAUAAUCAUCGUUUCGUUAUGCGCAAUAAGAUUAUCGUCGUCACGGAUGGCCGCCCAACAGAUACUUCGAAAACAAUCGGACCUGACGUCUCUGACCCACAAACAUGUGAUCAGACAACUGUGGACGUUAUCCAAGAAAUGCAAUAUGCAGAAAGACAAGUAAUAUCUGUGUUUUAUGUUGGUGUCGGAGACUAUAAUAAGGACUUCUUAGAAAUAGUGGCAUCAGGAACCCAAUAUAGGACAUUGUACAGCUACACGGACGGACGAAGGCUGUCUCGUCGCAACUUCCUAUGUCGUUCAACCGAGUUUUCGGAAAUUUCACGUCCCGGACUUGUUGGGGUAUAUUGCAGUUAUUCAGAACUCACAAGUGAAGAUUUGGAAGACGUACACGAAAUGCAUAUGGAAUCACGAAUUUAUCACAAACGAAUUGAAAGAGAACGCAUGCGGCCACCAUUAGACAAAUACCUCGAGAGCAGCAAUGCCAGGUUUCCUGUUAUUGGAACACGGGUUAUCCGGGGACCAGACUGGCACUAUGAGGACCAGGAUAAGAAUAAACCGGGAACCAUCGUUGGUCAUGCCGUAGAUGAAUGUUCAGAUCCCGUCGUCUGGGUACAGUGGGAUGCAAAUGAUGUCAUACAAGGGUAUCAAUACGGAGCACGAGGCUUUGAUGUGCUAAUUUCUGAUGAAAAGAGGCAAUUGCGCCCAGGCGAAGUAAUAGCUGUCGGAUGUGAAGUCAAACCAAGCCAAAAUGCUAAAAUAGAAGGUGUCCGUGCAUGGAAUACGGGCGUUGUCAUCCGAGUGAACCCACCCAGAGCUCACGUGCGAUGGAACACGGGGAAAAGAGGAGAUUAUCUCUAUGGCGUUGAUGGUAGGCCUGAGAUAGAACUAAGUUCAUUAUCGGAUGAGAGAGGCACACUCAGUGCUGAGGAGCCCGUCUCAAAGAGGAAGCUGAAUAAGAACAAGCGGAAAAUGAAUAGUUGAUUUCCAUGGACACAUUCUUUAUGGAAACAAACUGCUUCAACUUGACGACUAGUCAUUCAAUCAUGAUAACUUUUAAUUUUGGAUUUUUAGAAAAUUAUGAUUGGCUUUA